AUGGCCGGAAGUCGUAAACUACAUGUUCACGUCGUCUGCUGGAAUGGAGAUGAAGAGAUUUUUUUUUUUCAGGUGCGACGACAUCGGCAUCCUCCCGCUCCAUCGACAUGCCGCCAACGAGCGCGUAGUAAGCCGCGCAUAACUCAUCGUGAGCGAUCAUCAUCCGAUGAUAAUGAAGCUAGCCAAGUUGAACCAGUUGCAUUUGCGCUACCAGUUCGUCGUGGAGUUUCGACGAGAGCGGUCCGUUCAAUGGCAAUGCGUGGCGGAGCGGCGCGAUGUAAUGUCUGUGCUUUUCGUAUAAACAGCGCGUUUAAUUGCAGAUGUGGAAAAACGUUGUGUUCACGACAUCGUGCCGCCCAGUCACACACGUGCUCGAAAAUUCGCGCCAAGCUGCAGCAAGUCAGCGACUGA